AUGAAUCGGGUGGGCAAAGUUACUCUCCAUUGUAAAAAAUGCAACACAGAACUGGCCACGAAGGAAACUUUGAUGCUGGCUAAGGUACCCCCCUCCGGUACCCACUUAGCCGUCCGCGAGGGGAAAGAGGAACAGGUAGAGGCAAAACUUCAUAAGGUCGAAAAUGAAAAGGGGGGGAAAAGUGCACGGUACUGCCCUUACAUUUUUCAUUGCCGAGGGUGUGGCGAACGCGUUGCAAACAUAACAAAAGUGGCAGGGAAACAGCUUAUUUGUUUUGGAAUAGAAUAUUUAUAUAUUUUUCAUUGUGGAGGAUCAUGGCGAAGUAAAAGGAUUACGGCAAAUAAACUGUCGAAAGUGAGCAAGGAAUUGGAAGAAGAGUGUGGAAUUGAAGUUGUCAACGUUACGACGCAUGCGCAAGAGACAGGAAGAAUACACCAGUCCCGUGGGGAUAGCAAAUCCAUGGUUUAUUGUGAUACAACGUGGGUUGACUCACACAUCGCGCGAAAUCGAUUACUUAACGCGUCUAGUCCCGCGAGAUUAUCAGCGGGAGUUGUUCCUUUCUGCGAUGCGCGGUAA